AUGCAGGUGUCCACCAUGGCCACUGAGGAUGGCAGUGAGGAGAUCCUGUUUGUAUGGUGUGAAGACUGCAGCCAGUACCACGACUCUGAGUGUCCAGAACUGGGCCCCGUGGUCAUGGUCAAAGACUCAUUUGUGCUCAGCAGAGCCAGGUCUUCCCUUCCCUCCAACUUGGAGAUCCGCCGGCUGGAGGACGGUGCCGAAGGCGUGUUUGCCGUGACGCAGCUGGUAAAGCGGACCCAGUUCGGUCCCUUCGAGUCUAGGAGGGUGGCCAAGUGGGAGAAGGAGUCUGCGUUCCCGCUGAAGGUGUUCCAGAAGGACGGGCAGCCCGUGUGCUUCGACACCUCCAACGAAGACGACUGCAACUGGAUGAUGCUGGUGCGGCCAGCUGCGGAUGCCGAACACCAGAACCUCACGGCCUACCAGCGGGGCUCCGACGUCUACUUCACCACCCUGCGCGACAUCCCCCCGGGCACUGAGCUGCGCGUUUGGUACGCCGCCUUCUACGCCAAGAAGAUGGACAAGCCCAUGCUGAAGGCAGUCAGCGCCAACGCCCCCGUCUCAGGCACCCCCGAGAACAGCACUCCAGCGGACUCGGAGCCCAACCAAUGGGGAUGCAAAGUGUGUGCCGCUGUCUUCACAGAGCUGCAACUUCUGAACGAGCAUUUACUGGGUCACCUAGAGCAAGCCAAGAGCCUCCCUCCUGCCGCCCAGCCCGAGGCCCCUGCAGAGAAGGGGCCAGAUGGUCCCCAGGGGGAGCCACCCCCCACGCCCAAGGCCAGCGUUGGCCCCAAAGAGACAAAGAAAAAGCCUCGAAAGGGGAGAAAACCCAAAGGCUCAAAGCCCGAGCAGCCUCUCGUCAUCCUGGAUGGCAAAGGACCAGCAGAGCAAGUGGCAGAGAUCGUGACUGAGGUGCCCCCGGACGAGCCUGUGGCCGCGGCGCCUGACGAGCGGAUCAUGGAGCUGGUGUUGGGGAAACUGACCACCAGCACUGGGGAUCCCAGCCCGGUACCAAAGUUCCCCCACCACCCCAGCGGGCCCAUCACCCUCAAACGCAGCCUGAUCCUGUCGAGCCGCCACGGCAUCCGGCGGAAGCUGGUGAGGCUGGGCGAGCACCGGCGCGUGUACCAGUGCAACCUCUGCAGCAAGACCUUCCAGAACAGCAGCAACCUCAGCCGCCACGUGCGCUCCCACGGAGACAAGCUGUUCAAGUGCGAGGAGUGCGCCAAGCUCUUCAGCCGAAAGGAGAGCCUCAAGCAGCACGUGUCCUACAAGCACAGCAAGAACGAGGUGGAUGCCGAGUACCGGUACCGCUGCAGCACCUGCGAGAAGGCCUUCCGAAUGCAGAGCGCCCUGGACUUCCACAACUGCCGCACAGACGACAAGACGUUCCAGUGCGAGCUGUGUUUCCGGUUCUUCUCCACCAACAGCAACCUGUCGAAGCACAAGAAGAAGCACGGGGACAAGCAGUUCGCCUGCGGAGUGUGCAGCAAGCUCUUCUACCGCAAGGACGUCAUGCUGGACCACCAGCGGCGCCACCUGGAAGGUGUUCGCCGGGUCAAACGCGAGGACCUAGAGCCCAGCGGGGAGAGCUUGGUGCGCUACCGGAAGGAGCCGUCGGGCUGCCCUGUGUGUGGCAAGGUUUUCUCAUGUCGUAGCAACAUGAACAAGCACCUGCUGACACACGGCGACAAGAAAUACACCUGCGAGAUCUGUGGCCGCAAGUUCUUCCGCGUGGACGUCCUCCGGGACCACAUCCAUGUGCACUUCAAGGACAUCGCACUGAUGGACGACCACCAGCGGGAGGAGUUCAUCGGUAAGAUCGGCAUCUCGUCAGAGGAAAACGAGGACAACUCGGACGAGAGCGCGGACUCGGAGCCACACAAGUACAGCUGCAAAAGGUGUCAGCUCACCUUCGGCCGGGGCAAGGAGUACCUCAAGCACAUCAUGGAGGUGCACAAGGAGAAGGGCUACGGCUGCAGCAUCUGCCACCGGCGUUUCGCGCUCAAGGCCACCUACCACGCGCACAUGGUCAUCCACCGAGAGAAUCUGCCUGACCCCAACGUGCAGAAGUACAUCCACCCCUGUGAGAUCUGUGGGCGCAUCUUCAACAGCAUCGGGAACCUGGAGCGGCACAAGCUCAUCCACACGGGGGUGAAGAGCCACGCGUGCGAGCAGUGCGGCAAGUCCUUUGCUCGGAAGGACAUGCUGAAGGAGCACAUGCGGGUGCAUGACAACAUCCGCGAGUACCUGUGUGCCGAGUGCGGGAAAGGCAUGAAGACCAAGCACGCGCUGCGCCACCACAUGAAGCUGCACAAGGGCAUCAAGGAAUACGAGUGCAAGGAGUGCCACCGCAAGUUCGCGCAGAAGGUCAACAUGCUCAAGCACUACAAGCGGCACACAGGGAUCAAGGACUUCAUGUGUGAACUGUGUGGGAAAACCUUCAGCGAGAGGAGCACCAUGGAGACCCACAAGCUAAUCCACACGGUGGGCAAGCAGUGGACGUGUUCCGUGUGUGACAAGAAGUACGUGACGGACUACAUGCUUCAGAAGCACGUGCAGCUGACGCACGACAAGGUGGAGGCGCAGAGCUGCCAGCUGUGCGGCACCAAAGUGUCCACGCGUGCCUCCAUGAGCCGCCACAUGCGGCGGAAGCACCCCGAGGUGCUGGCCGUGAGGGUGGAUGACCUGGACCACCUCCCGGAGACCACCACCAUCGACGCCUCCUCCAUCGGCAUCGUGCAGCCCGACCUGGCCGUGGAGCCCGAGGAGCCGGCCGUUGGGAAGCCAGGGAAGGCAUCGCGGCGCACCCACAGGAGGAAGCAGAAACCAGAGGAAGAGGCAGCAGUGGCGGCCGCGGCAGCAGCAGGGUCAGGAGCGCCCGGGUCUGAGGAGCCCCCGUUCAGCGAGUUCUCGGAGAAGGAGGCGCCGUUUGUGGGCAGCGUUGGGGACGAGACGGACUCAGCUGUGCAGAGCAUUCAGCAGGUGGUGGUCACUCUGGGUGACCCGAGCGUGACCACGGCCUCCAGCUCCGUGGGCCUCACCAACAUCACCGUCACACCCAUCACCGCGGCCGCGGGCACCCAGUUCACCAACCUGCAGCCCGUGGCCGUGGGCCACCUGGGCGCCCCCGAGCGGCAGCUGCAGCUGGACAACUCCAUCCUCACGGUGACCUUCGACACGGUCAGCGGCGCAGCCAUGCUGCACAACCGCCAGGGCGAGAUGCAGCUGCACCCCCAGCCCGAGGCGCCCAGCCCACAGUCGGUGGCCCACUUCAUCAACCUCACCACGCUGGUCAACUCCAUCUCGCCCCUGGGCAGCCAGCUGGCCGAGCAGCACCCGCUGGCCUGGCGGGCGGCCCCGCAGACAGACGUCCUGCAGCCCACCCCGUCCCAGGCGCCCCCGCCCCCGCCCACCCCGGCCACCGCCACGCCGCAAGUACCUACUGAGCCACAGCCACAGAUGUACAGCUACUGAGCCACCAGGCGGGAC